AUGGAAAUUUUAAAUGAAGAGAAUCUUAUUUUAGAAUUAUCAAAAGAAAUGGAUGAAUUAUCUGAUGAAGAAUUAAUGUUAAAGGCAUUAAAAAUGAGUUAGGAAGAAUAUUUAGGAACAAUAAUAUAAAAUAGAGAUAAUGGGUAAAAGAGUUUAUGUGCAAAUCCAAUUGAUGAUUUAGAACUGUUUUAUUAAUGUUAUGAUUGCUGUUAAGAUUCUAGUCAUGUUAUUUGUAAAGAGUGUUUCAUUCCUGAAAAUCAUAAAGGUUUAUUAUUAAUAAUAUUUAAGGACAUGCUGUUCUAUUCUAAUAAAUUUAAAAUUAAAUGAAAGGAUAUUGUGAUUGUGGUGAUAUAAUGAUGUUUGAUGGAAAAUAAUUAUGCCCUAAACAUCAUAAAUUUGAUCUUAAAGUUGAUAAUAAACAAAUUGAGAGUAAUUUAUAAUAUUUCAAUAUUAGAUAAUUCUGUAUUAAUAAAAUAUGAAUAAUUUUUAAAGAUAUCAUUUGGAUUGUUAUAUAAAAAAAUGGAAUAAAUUAUUGAUUACCCUAAUGAUUUAUUAAAUAAUAUUGAAAUUAUUAUUAAUACUUUGAAAGAUGAAACUUUAGAUAUUUAUUUUAAUUCUCAUAUACUACAUUUUGUAAAGAUUAAAGAUUCAAUUAAAGAAGCUAAAUUUAUUUAUAGAUUAAUAUUUAGAUGUUUAGAAAUAAUAACAACAAAUAAUAUAAUAUGGAGUUAUUUUACAGGUAAAUUAUUAAGGCAAGAAAUUUAAAUAUAAUUUAAUUAAAAUAUAACAAUAUCAACUACACUUUUAGAAUAAUUUCUUAAAUAUAAUAUUCAUUUUGUUGAAUCAAUUGAAUUUGAAAAGGAUUUAUCAACUUUUUUUCCUCUGUUCUUUUAGGAUGAUGAUUUUAGAACAUAUUUUUGUAGAACUGUAGUUUAAAAUUUUAAGUAUUUUUAUCUUAUUGUUAAUUCAUAUACACUUAGAACUUAAAAAAAUGAGAUAUUAAAAGUUCAAAUAUAUUAAUAAAUUAAAGAUGAAAAAUUAUCUAGUUUAAUUGAUAAAAUACUAGGUUGCUGUUAAAUUAAAUAAAUAAUUAAUGAUUAAUAAAUAAAUUAGGGUAGAAUUCUUAAAGAAAGUUAUUUCUUUAUGCAAAGAGGUUAUAUAGAAAUUUUGAAAUUGUACAAAAAUACAAAAAAUUAAAAAUGUUAUAAUUUAUUUGAUGUUAUCUCAGAUAUAUUUUAAAAAAUGUAAUAAUUAUAAAUGAUGUAGCCCUUUGAUAAACCUCAAUUCUUUAUCAAUAUACAAUUAAUUUAGUUACGGAAUUGAAUUAAUGGCUAGAUCCAAAGAAGCUAUUAAAGGAUUAAUUAUUUAGAUAGAAGAAAUUCUUUAAAAAGAUAUUAAUUAAUUUAAGCUUUAAAUAUUGAAUCCAAAUUGUAUUGAAUUUAAAAAAUUAAUGAAUUAAUCUUUAUUAAUUUAUUCACUUACAAGGAGAUAUCCAUGUUAACAAAUUAAAAAUUUUAAUUAAUAAUCUAAAUUUGAUGAUGAAGAAGAAAAUCUUUUAUAUUCAUUAGCAGCAUCAAUUAAAAUCUGUUCAGUAUUUAGAAACGAUUUAAAAUCAAUUUUAUCUAUGUUUGAAAAUAUCCAAUCUUUUGAAGCUUAGAAUAUAUUAAGAAUAAUAAUACAUUAUUUUCUUAAUAACUUUGAGAGUACUUUUAAUUUAAAAUGCUAAUCCUUAUUAAAUUUAUUCAUUUCUAAUCAUGUUUUAAGUGAUAGAAACUUUAUUACUGUUUUAUCCAUCUAUAUAAUGAAUUUUACAAAUUCUUAAGAAGCAUAUAUUAAUAUUUUAGAGAUUUAUGGAUAAAAUAAUUAAUAAUUUUAAUAAAUAAUGUAUCACCUUAUGAAAAGGGCUGUAUUAAAUUAUAUAAUAUUCUCUCAAAUUGAAACAUAAGAUUUCUAUUUAGGCUAAUAAAAUUAUUGGAAGGAUUUAGAUAAUGAAAUAUCACUCUAAUAAAUUGAUAUUGCUUAUAUAUAAAUUUAUGCUUUUCUAUUUUAAGAUCUUGGUAUAAAUGAUAUUAUUUAGAGUUAUAAUGAAAUUUCAUAACAGCUUAAAAAAAAGACAAAUCCUGCUAUGUUAAUUUGCAGAAUUGCUUAAACAGAUUAUGAUUUAAUAUAAUGUGUAGGAAGUAUUAUUGGAAAUUAAAUUAAUGAAUAAUUCUAAAAAGGAUUAAAUAAAUUGUUUUAAACAAUAUUUUAUUCUUAAACAUUUUAUCAAUUAGAUGAAAUGAAGAAAAUUCUAAAAGAAUUAAGUUAUGAAAAUAGAAUUGAUUUAGAAAAUAUGAUUUUAAGUUCUUGUGAAAUAAAUAAAGAUAAUGGAUAACUUUAAUUAAAAAAAGAAUUUAAAUUACAUAUUUAUGAACCAAUAUAUAGUAUUUAAAAUGAUAGGAUUAAAGAGAAAAUUAAUGAUUAAUUAUAAAUGCAGAAUGAUAAAUUUACAGAAAUAUUUGGAUCCUCUUUAGAAUAUGAAUUAUAUUGUUAUGGUACUAAAUAAUCUACUCUAACUAAAAUUAGGUAUGAAAUACUCGAAGCAAUAUCAAAAGAUAUAAAUUAAUCAUUAUUAUACUAAAUUCAAACUGACUUAGAGAAUAUUACAUAACAAAAUUAAGUAAUUAAUAAAAAAGUAGAUUAAUUAAUUAAGAUGUUAUAAAAUAACGCCAUUUAUAUAAAUUUAUUAUUCUUGGCUAAUCAAUUUUUUAAGGCUAAUAACACUAUCAUAAAAAACAUUUUAGAUAAAAUCUAAAAUAUUUGUUAAACUUUAAUUGAAAAUAAAAAUUUGAAUCAUUCAUAAUAAUUAUUUUUUCAAGUUUAUUGCUCAAGAUUUUCAAUCGAAAGUUUAACUUAAAAAUUAGAAGAUAAAGAUUAAGAAUUUAAAUAGUCUUAAUCCUAAACUAAAAUCAAUAAUGAACGUAAAAUAUAAUUAUAAUAAAAAUUCAAAUAAAUGAAGGAAAUUGUUAAUAAUAAAUAUAAUGAUAAAUAUGUCACAGAAGAUUCUAAUGAAAUUUGUUUAAUAUGUAAAUUAACAUUUGAAAAAAAUUAGAUCUAAUUUUAGCCUAUAUUAAUCUAGUAUUCAAAUAUAAAUGAAUAUUUAAGUACUUUUUAAAAUUAAAUUUCUUUUGAUAAUAAUAUUGUCUCAGUACAUGUGACUAAUUGUAAUCAUAUUUUUCAUGAUUAUUGUUUAAAAAACUAAAUGUUUGGUUCAAAAAACAAAAAUUAAUUAUACUAAAAUUGUUCAUUAUGCUAUUCUCCAUAUAAUUUUAUAAUACCAAAUCCUUAUUAAAUUAAAAAUAUUGAAAUUGAACAAUUUGAACUUUGUAUUGAGGCUUAUAUAUAAUCACUAUCUACAGAAAAUCAAUUAAUACUUGAGAAAUAUUAUUAAGGAGAGAAUUUUUAAAUUUAUUAAUUUUUAGAUGAAAUAUUAUCAUAGGUCUUAUGCAACUUAAUAUUUUAGCUAUUAAGUGAUCUAAAGAUAUUUUUAGAAAAAAGCCAACAUUUAUUUUUAUAAAAAAUAGUAGCUUUAAUUAAAAUACUAUAUAAAUAUCUUGAUAUUAAUACUAUUGAUAAAAUAAAAUUAAAUGAAAACGAGAAAUUGAUUAAGAUUCUAAAAAUAGUUUAAAAAAAUAUAAUUAAAGAAAAUAAUCUAAAUUAAUUUUAAUAGGAACUUUAAUUAUUAUUAAAUCCAAAAUUUGAAGUUGCUGAAAUAUUAUAUGAAGUAUUCACAAAAUAAUAAAUUAUUACAUAAAUUAAUAAUGAAUUAUUGCCUUUUGAUAUCAUAAGAAUUAAGAAUCAAUUUAAAAAUAAAAUGAUAAAUUUCUUAACAUAUCAUUUUAGUACAUUUUUAGAAAAACAUUACUUGAGUCCAUGUAAAAAAAAAAAUUGCUUAAUGCGUACUUUAAAAUUAGAAACUAAAUUUCAAGGAUAAUGCAUUUGCCUUAUUUGCUUUAAAAAAAUAUGCUCUUAAUUUUGUGGAUAAGUUAAGCAAGUAUUAAUUAUAAUUAAUAAUAAAGAAAUAAUCAUUAGGAAAUCUCUAAAGACAUAGUGCAAAAAAUCACUAAGGCAAAAGUAUUUUCAUAUAUGUUGAAAACAGUAUGCUAAUAUUGAUGCAUUCACCAUUGUAUAUGUAAAUGGCUAACCAUUUAUUUACAAAUGGAAUAGGAGAACCACCCGUCAAAGGCUCAUAUAAAUUAUAACAUUACAAAAAAUUUUAAUUAAAUUUGAAAAUUAUAGACCAAAUAGUGGAUAUUAUAGUAGAAGAAAAAUACUUAAACAGAUUAGAUGCAACAUCAGAAAAUAAAAUAACAAGUCAAAUUUAAUGA